AUGAAUGCGACAUGUCUUAACACCACCAUUCCUCUUCCUUCUUGCCACUUGCACCAAGCUGCAAUCCACCAGCUCAUCCAAGUAGUACUCUGCAUAUCUUUUGGUUCCACUGCACUUGAUUCCAGCUUCACAUGGUUGUAUGAACCCUUCAGCCAUCCACAUUUGGAUCACAUCCCUUGCCGUGAUCUAGUUGUCCUCAGGAUAGAUUCCAAAACACAAAAAACUGUUGCAACAUUGGUUGGUCAUCGUGAUUACUCUUUUGCUUCUGCAUGGCCUGAUGGACAUACCUUCGCAACGGGGAAUCAGGAUAAGACUUGCAGAGUAUGGGAUGCUAGACACUUAUCGUCUCCUAUUGCCAUUCUCAAGGGUAACCUAGGGGCAACACGGUCUAUUCGGUUUUCUUCAGAUGGUCAAUUUAUGGUGGUUGCUGAGCCUGCAGAUUUUGUGCAUGUUUAUAGUACAAAGGCAGAUUAUAAAAAACGUCAAGAGAUUGAUUUCUUUGGGGAAAUUUCUGGGGUUUCUCUGAGUCCUGAUGAUGAGUGUAUGUAUAUUGGAAUCUGGGAUCGGACUUAUGCGAGCUUGCUACAGUAUAAUAGGAGGCAUCAAUAUGAAUAUCUUGAAUCCUACUUUUGAUCUUUGAUUCGUGCUGGUUGAUUUAGGAGUAUCCUUAAUGUUAAUUUAUAGAGCUGUUUGAGAUUCUAUAUCUUUUUCCUUUGUUUUUGGCAGUAUUUUAUGCAGGUCAGUAUGAUUAAUGAAGACCACAGCAUCCUAAGAUAUUUGUACAAUGUAAUCAUUGCUCACCAUAAUUCCUUGUAUUUGUGAACUUUUGAUGUGAA